AUGAUCUCACUCCCCUCUCAGACAAGUCCAAAGCCAUCGGGACGCAAGGGGAGUAAAAAGGUCCGGACUGGCUGCAUAACCUGCAAAAUUCGAAAAGUCAAGUGCGACGAAGCAAAGCCUCAUUGUCUACGAUGUAUCAAAACAGGCCGCAAAUGCGAUGGCUAUCGCCAAACGCCAAACUCUUCCCCAGAGCCUCUAUCGCUUAGUCCAUCGCCCGGCUUUGGGUCUCCAGCUGAGACGCGCGCUUUUGAUUACUACCGCUCGCGUACUUCCAAGAUCUUGUCUGGGCCGUUUGAUACGGGCUUCUGGGGUGGUUUGGUCAUGAAGAUGAGCGCGUCGGAGCCAGCCGUGCGCCACGCGAUAUUGGCCAUUAGCAGUCUUCAUGAGGCCGUUGACUCUAGAAGCAAAACGGGACACAAGCUUGAUACGCGAUUUGCAUUUCGAGAGUAUGGAAAUGCCAUCACGUCGUUGCGCAACUGGGCUCAACGCGAUGAACCCUCGGCCAUUCCACUCCUCGUCUGCAUCCUCUUUAUUUGCGUCGAGUUCCUAGCAGACCGCGACUCGGCUGCUCAGAUGCACAUCUGCCAGGGUCGAAAGAUCCUCUCAGGUCUAGGCGACGGACACUCUUCAACAAUGGAGAUGGUGAAGCGCUCGCUCGUACCGAUAUACACGCGUCUGAGUCUCUCGAGUUUCCUCUUUGGUAGUCGCCCUAACCCUAUCCCAAACCACUUGAGAGCCUGGGUCGAGGUGCCCGCCGUGUUUGCGACCAUUGAAGAGGCUCGGUACGGCCUGUAUCUGAUCCUGGAUGAAGGCUUGCAGUUCGGUACAAGAGCGCAUGCCAUUGCCUUUGAUCCUAAUUGCGAUCCUCUAGUCAUGCAGCAGCUCCAGAACGAACAGCAACGACUCUUGUCGCAAGUCAGCAGGUGGUACGCCGCAUUUACCGUCCUCACCUCGAUGAGUCCGCAGUCUCCAGCCUUGGAGAGCCAGUUGAACAUUCUCCGAAUGUAUCACCAGGCAAGCUUGGUCUGGAUAUCCACAUCCUUGCAGACAUCCGAGCUUGCAUUCGAUGCGCAUCUCCCGGCAUUCGCAUCCAUCAUCUCCCUCGCAUCUUCUGUCAUUGGUUCUAUUCCCACAAAUUCCAAGCUGGAGCCCUUCACCUUUGAGACGGAACUCGUCGCUCCUGUGUACUGGACUGCAAUCAAAUGUCGUCAUCCCUUGCUGCGAAGGGCAGCCCUCAAGCUCCUAACUCGAGAGCAGAUGCGGAAUAGGCGGGAGAAUCUCUGGCACGUCCGCGAAACGGCCGUGAUCGCUGCUCGUAUCAUUGAGUUUGAAGAGUCCGAUAUCCAGGAUCCCCUAGAUCUCACAUUAAGCGCCAUGUCCACCAAUGCAGAAUCUUCAAGCCAAGGCUCUUCUGAGUCCGGGUCUUUCGACAUCCACACAUGCAGCGCUAGAAAGAUCAAGAUUGACGUGUCGAGUCCUCCCACUCUCCCUGCACUGCCGCCGACAUUUACCGAUCCAACGCCAACAGAAAGUGUCGCAGGCAACACGCCCGGGAGCGGCGCGUCAAGCAUGUCCUCACCAAGCAACAUGUCCGAGCCCAUGUCGCCGAUAACAGCAGCCCUCGAGGGUAUUCAGCAGCUCGAUACCGCCGCUCUCAAGUCAGCGAGCCUCGAGUCGCCGUUUGGAGUCCCUGAGCAUCGGCGGAUCAAGAAUGCCAUCAUCGGGGUGGCUGAGGAUGGGGGAAUUUGGACAACUUUCUUCCAGGAUCCUGAACCGGGGCAGACGCAGUGGAAGGUUACGAGGGAGUUUUUGAGAUGUUGA